GUUCAGAGUCCUUCGUAAUUAACUCCGGUUCAUUUCGCUUCGUUCAGGGUUCUAACACGGCCCGUGUCUCAAUCAUCAAUCGUGCAGAUGCCGCAGGGCGCAUGCUGGUAUCGGUCGUCCGUGCCAAGUCGUCCAUUUCCUGGUUGACGGUUGUGUCCUGUAGCCUUCCCCAGUUCCCAUCUCUUUGGAUCGGAGCGUUCUUGCGGGGAGAACGAUUAAUAUAACCGUAUCCCCGGCUGAUGGACGCUGGUCUUUCCCAUUUAAAAGUUGUUUGGCUCCAUCGCCAACUGACGGGCUGACUUGGCGUAUGGUUCAUCUUGCUUUAUACUGGACAUUUGCGUUUCUGUGUCGGUUUUGUUCAGUCAGUGAGGCUGAGGCUCGUUUCACUCGUACCAAGAGAAAGAAUGUGACACCGGUAUACUGUAUAUCGUAUAUCGGAUAUCGAGAAUCAACACAAUGGGCCGAUUUCUGCAAGGGCCAGCGAUUAUGGUGGUGGACUGGAUAAUGUAUGGACUGGCAUUCAUCCUCGUGUCAAUACGGCUAUGGUUUCGACUCCUCUACCAGCGAGUCCGUCUCAGAUUAUCUGAUAUUCUCCUCAUCAUCUCGCUGUUUUUCGCCCUAGGAUUAGAGAUAUGCCUCACGAUCACAUUCCAACGUGGAGGGAUGGUGGAAGAAGUCGCCAUGAUAGGCCCUACGCCAAACAGAAAGAUUUCGUACACGUCGUCAUUCCUCUACUAUACCUCAGUGUACUGCGCGAAGUUUAGUCUCCUCACCCUCUACUACUUCCUCAUCCCGCGGACAUGGCCUAAUCUACGCACCGCACUCAUCGUCACCAUCGUGUACACAGCCGGAUCAUAUCUUACAACCCUAUUCCUAUCACUAUUUUGGUGUGGGACGAACAUUUUAUCAAAUUUCAUCCCUUCCCUCACAACGUGCAGCAUCUAUAAUCACACGUAUUUCAAUACGGUCUGGUCGUUGAACAUUACCUCGGAUUUCAUGGCUUUUGUACUCCCGUUUCCGAUGCUAGUUGAACUCCAGUUGGCGAGGAGGCAGGUUGUAGCCUUGGCCAUAACGUUUGGACUGGGCAUCAUCACCAUGGCGGUGAGCACCGGACGGUUUGUCGCGGUCAAGAACUACUCCAUCAUGCCUUUGUUUGUCUGGUCCUCGGCCGAAUGCACGACAGCGAUCAUGGUCGCCUCGCUCCCGGCAUUGAGACCUCUACUCAAACGGGCCACCAAGUCCACCCGUCGAACCACCGAUGAACUGGGUGCGACCGAAAUGGCGAACCAUCACACCACCAAACGUGCCGUUCAAUCCCAUGCGAGCGUCCGUAGUACCGAUUCGGCAUAUUCGAUGACUCGCCAGCAUAACCGACACAGUUUCGGCGCGUUAAGCAAAGGAUGGGUGCAGAUGCGGGACGAUCUUUCGAAUGGCUCAGACCUAAAAUUGGAAUCACCACGGACGGCUGCCCUACCGAUGGAUUCCCGACGAGGCACGGAAGAAUUUGAGUUGUCUGGCCCCUCUGAUACGGAGACAACCGAAGGCAGGCAUCCUGUUCAAGCCAGAAAUGUCUUCGAAGAACGACACCAGGUUGUCAUACACGGGCCAGAAAACACCAUCAAUCGCAGCAGUUCAUGGCGGAGAAUCUGAUAUGUAAUUUUCCUGAAGUGAGGAUAUUUUCCAGCAUUCGAUUCUUUAUUCCCUUAAGGCGAAAACUGUCCGGGUUCAGGUCUUUAUGGUUGGGACUCAAGAUAGGAGGUUGGUUGGAGUUGGGUCGGAGUCAACCUCGGGGACAUUAUGAUCGGUAUGAUUUGAACUGGCGAUGGCUGGCGAACCAAUGGAUAUUCAAAAGCGUAAUUCGUCAAUAGAUAAUUGACAGAAUGCUCAAUUUGGACCAUGAAGCUAGACAAUAUCAAAUAUACCAAAUACAUAUGUAAAAUAGCAGCUCUUAUUCCGUACGGAAACCCCUCUAGCCGUCUCGGCCAGUCGGCCUCUCCUAAGUUGCUGAGAUAAGCAGCCCAGAUGUCACG